AUGUCUUCACCACAAUCGGCCAUCCGACAUCCACCACCAGAAAAUCCACCGGGGCCGUCGCACGACACUGCAGCCUUGAAAAAUGAUGUCGCCGGUGGCAAAACCUCUCUACAGGGAGGAGAAGGGGAUCGAGAGGCCGUAGCUGGCGAGCAGCAACACAACCCGCCGAAAACGCCUUUUACGCCAUUACAGCCCACCCAAACCUCCCUCUCCCAGCGACCCUACUCUGCCUUUUCAAAAUCCACCAAGCGCCUAAUCGUCGUACUGGGAGGCAUAGCAGCUAUUUUCUCCCCAAUAUCCUCCAACAUAUUCGUCCCCGCAAUCCCUACCCUUGCUCAAGCGUUCAACAGAUCAGAGUCCGACAUCUCUCAGGCCGUCACCGUUUACCUCAUCUUUCAGGCCAUCACCCCCUCCAUCUUUGGCUCGAUGUCAGACUCUUUCGGGAGGCGACCGCUGUAUGUUGCCACCCUCAUCGUCUAUCUGUGCGCCAACAUCGGUCUCGCUGUCAUACCGACCUCGGCGUAUUGGCUACUUCUUGUUCUACGGGCUUUGCAGUCAACUGGAGGGAGCGCCGUCGUGAGCAUAGGAUUCGGCUGCAUCAGCGAUUUUGCAGAGCCGAGAGAGAGGGGCAGGUAUGCUGCCUGGUUCCAGACGGGUGCCAUGGCGGGGCCUGCGUUCGGACCACUUCUCGGUGGUGUAUUGACGCAAAGUCUUGGUUGGCGGAGCAUCUUUUGGUUUCUUGCCAUUGCAGAUGCCGUGGUACUCAUCCCGCUCAUCCUCUUUCUCCCCGAGACCCUUCGCUCUUUGGUUGGCGAUGGGUCGAUACCACCGCCAUCGCUCAACACUUCUCCAAUCGUGCUGUAUCAGCGCAAGCAGAUGGCAAAGCGACUGGCAGAGGAGGAUGGGGAGAUGGAACCGGUCGUCAGGCCUGAGCCAAAGCCUUAUCGCCCGUUCUCCACAUUCAUGAUCCUCUUGACUCCAGAGAUCAUCUGCUGCUUCGUGUUCACGUCCCUGCUCUAUCUCCAAUUCUACUCGAGCUUGACGCUGUUUUCAACCGCGCUCAAGAACUCGUACCACUUGUCAGAGGUCAAAAUCGGUCUAUGCUACUUACCGUCCGGCAUUGGCACCCUGAUCUCCUCCCAGUUGAACGGACGUCAGCUCGACUAUUACUUCCGCCGCGAAGAACGUCGCGUCGGGGGAGACUAUCGCUCCAAGCCCCUUUUGUUCAACAUUGAAAAGACGAGAAUCCGAUGUCUUGCACCAUUCGCAAUCAUGUCGUGUUUGGCGACGGUGGCGCAGGGGUGGUGUCUGCAGGCGAAAGCGCAUUUAGCGGCGACGCUCGUAAUGAACUUUUUCGUGGGACUGGGGUCAGGGACGAAUGGGAGUGUGACUGUUUAUGGGCAAGAUAUCAAACCCGGAAAAGGCGGUGCCGUCUCAGCCGCUCUUAAUUUGGUUCGCUGUCUAUUUGGGGCCAUAGGAGUCGCCAGUAUCCAAACAAUGUACAAGACCAUGGGCGCCGGCUGGACUUUCGUCCUUCUUACUGGGCUAGUCAUACUGGGCUCGCCUCUGCCCAUCAUCACGGUGUACAAGGGGAGAGGGUGGAGGGAAAAGAGGAAUGCGAGGCAUGCGAAGAAGGCGGAGGAGCAGGCAAACAAGGCUGUCAAAGUGUAA